ACAAGAGAAACACAGAAACAGAGAGACGACGACGAGAGGGACAACGGAGGAGGGAGACGACGAGAGAUACGACGCCGUUUUAUCUGCUUCUACAUUCGCUCAACACACAGCCGUGAAAAAUCUCUGGAAUAUUGAAGAAGGUGACGAUGGAGAAGGAGACAUCAAAGUGGUGGUGGAUUGGUAGCCACAACACAUCCGAUCUCUCUCCAUGGCUUCGAUCUACCAUUUCAGAACUGGAUGCAAAGACAAAGGGGAUGCUGAGGGUGAUAGAGGAAGAGGCUGAUUCCUUUGCGGAAAGAGCAGAGAUGUAUUACAAGAAACGACCAGAGCUCAUCGCCAUGGUGGAAGAUCUCUACCGCAUGUACCGUUCGCUGGCCGAGAAGUACGACCUGGCAAGGUCCUCUUCUCUGUUCAAACAUGCUCCUCCCGAGAAACUGAUACAUGUUCCUGAAGCUCUUGAGAAACCCACAUACAGUGAGGAAUCUUGGAUGAUACAUGUUUCUGACACUCCUCAAAAACCCACCUUAAGUGAGGAAUCAUGGAUGAUUCAUGUUCCUGAGACUCCUAAAAGCUCAACCCAUAAGCAGGAGAGUUGUUUUUAUGAAUCUGAGAUUGAGGAAUAUGCAGAGUCCGAAGUGGACGACGGCGAGGAAGAAAGUGGUGGGGAUGAUGAUGAUGAAUGUGCAUGCGAUACCCAGAGCAUGAUUGAUGAUGACGAGGCAAUGGCAAAGAUGAAGGAAGAGUUAGAGAAACUGAGAGAGGAAAACAGGGUUUCCAGUGAAUUGCUGAGACAGAAGGAUGAAGAGAAGAGAGAGGCGAUAAGGCAACUGAGUUUGGCAGUGGAAAUGCUGAAAGAAGAAAACUUGGAGCUCAAGAAACGUGUUUCUGCAUCAGCAAAGCAAAAGGAGGAAGUGUCUCCAAAGAAACAGCUGUGGAGUCCGUUUGAGUUCAAGAAGAUCAAGGAAAGUGUUUCUUGGGAGAAAUUGGCAACUGGGUUUCUAGGGUUCUAACUUAGAAAGUUCAUUACGAUCGAGAAAAUGAAAUCUAGAGGAGAUUUUUUGAGAGUUUGGGACUUAUACAUGAUGAUAAUAUACUAUAGGGUAGUGGUUGUGAAGGGGGAAAGGUUUUAUAGCUAAAGAAAGCAUUUUUAUAGAUUUUUUUUCCUUCUUUGUCGAUUUUGGGGGAUGGUUUAUGCUUAUGUAAAAGGUGGUAAUUUAAAAUACAGUUUAUUUUUUUUA